CCAUCUGUUUCAAUGGUGCAGCUUUCCCAAGCCCCUUUCCGUCGCCCGUCAUCACCUUCAGGCCGGUCGGAGGAGGGGGAGGAGAAGAGCAUGAAGGCAGCCAAGCAGCAGGUGAACACGUCUGGGGAGAGCCAGCCCCCCCCCAGCCCCCUCCACCCCCUCCAGUCUGCGCUCGGCUCGGCCGCCUCUCCUGCCCAGGCCUAUGAGACUUACAUCGAUAAUGGGCUUAUCUGCCUCAAACACAAGAUCAGGAACAUCGAGAAAAAGAAGCUCAAACUAGAAGACUACAAAGAUCGUCUGAAGAAGGGGGAAUCUCUCAAUCAAGACCAGUUGGAGGCAGUAGAGAAAUAUGAAGAAGUAGUACACAACUUGGAAUUUGCCAAGGAGCUUCAGAAGACUUUUUCAGGACUUAGCCAAGAUCUGCUGAAAGCACAGAGGAAGGCUCAGCGAAGAGAGAGUCUCUUGAAGCUUGAAGCAGAGAAGAAAAAACUGCGUACAAUACUUCAAGUCCAGUAUGUGCUGCAGAACUUCACUCAAGAACACGUUCAGAAAGAUUUCAAAGGUGGUAUGAAUGGUGCAAUAUAUUUGCCUUCUAAAGAACUAGACUACCUCAUAAGAUUUGCAAAACUGACAUGUCCAGAAAGAAAUGAGAACUUGAGUGUGGAAGACCAGAUGGAGCAAUCAUCUCUUUACUUCUGGGACCUUCUAGAAGGAAGUGAGAAACCUGUGGUUGGAACAACAUAUAAACACAUGAAGGACCUGUUAUCCAAACUUCUAGACUCUGGCUACUUUGAAAGUAUUCCAACUCCUCGCACCACUGUGACAGUAAAAGAAUUGGAAGAAGAAGUAAAUAGAAAAUCUGAGAGAACAAGACAGUUGUCAAAAGGAGAGUCUGUCAAAGAACCAGAAUCCAUUAUGGAGCUCAUGAAGUCUGAAAUACAGCCACAGGAGUUUCUCAACAGGCGUUAUUUGCCUGAAGCAGAAUACACUAUCAAGAAGAAGCCAGAAGAGCCCAAAUCUUGGGAAGCUGAGUGUGCUAGAAAGCAAGAACCUCCAAAGUCCUGGGAAACGCUUGUUGAUAUUGAAGAGCAGGAACAGAAGCAGAAACAAGAGACCUUAAAGCCUUGGGAAACUCGUGUUAGGCAGCAAGAAGCAAAAAGACCAGAUUCUCCAAAGCCUUGGGAAGCUCAUGUUAAAGAGGAGGAACAGAAGCGUGAGUCUACAAAACCCUGGGAGACCCGUGCUGAGGAGGAAGAACAGAAGCAAGAAGCUCCAAAGGCCUGGAUAGCACAUGUCCGAGAAGAGCAGGAGUCCCCCAAACCUUGGGUAGCAAAGGUUAGGGAAGAGCAGGACCAGAAGAAACAGGAAUUGCCUAAGCCUUGGGUAGCAAAAGUUAGGGAAGAGCAGGAGCAGAAAAAGCAGGAGUUGCUGAAACCUUGGGUAACUAAAGUUAAGGAAGAACCAGAACAAAAGCAGGAAUCUCCAAAGCCUUGGGUAGCCCAAACUAGGGAUCAACCAGAACAAAAGAAGCCAGAGCCUGUGAAAUCAUGGGAAAUGCCUGUUAGGGAAGAGCCAGAGCAAAAGAAGCAGGAGCCUGUGAAGGCUUGGGCUGCACAUGUUAGGGAGGAGCCAGAACCAAAGAAGCAGGAGACUCGAGAGGCUUGGGAAAAAGCUGAGAGGCAGCAGCAAGUGUCAUCACAGCAGUUACAGAACCCUCCGAAAUCCUGGGCAGCUGCAAGUGUUGGGUCAAAGGAGCAGAUGGGGCCAAAGAAGCUUGAUAUGGAACCCAAAGAAGAGUCCAUUCUGGAUUUUGAUAAAGCUUCACCAAGUGCCAUUGGUUCAUCCCAACCACCCUCAGUUACUCCAGCAAGUAGUCCUGUAGCUUCAAAAGAACAGAAACUUCCAAGUCACAGUGAUUUUCUCCAACAGCCCCUUCAAGCUGCUGCUUCCUCUAUGGCAUUGCAUGAUUCAAAUACUUCCCUAGCAUCUGCUGAUCCAACACUUUCUGGCUCUGAAACUGAAGACUUGGUGACACCUCAAACGCCACAGGCAACUAUUCCUCUCCCAAGUGAGCCACAGUCAUCAUUGCCUACUUCAAGCACCUCCAUGUCAACAGUAGCACCAGCGCAAAGCUUUCAGUCUCCUCCAGCAAGUAGCAGUUCUGUCACUAUAACAGCAGCUCCCUUUCAGGCUAUGCAGACUGUAUUUAAAGUGAAUGCACCACUGCCCCCACGUAAAGACCAGGACAUUAAAGAGGAGUCUUCAUAUUCGACAGGAUAUAACCAGAGCUUCUCUACAGCAAGUACACAGACUCUUCCUCAGUGCCAGUUACAAUCUUCUCAUGUUGCAGAACAAAGCUCUCUUUCACAAGAAUCUCUGUCUUCAGCAGUGAAUUAUCAACCUGAAGGAGCUGUUCCUGUUAGCAAUGGUAGCCUUGCCUUUUAUCCAGCACAGACUAAUGUUAUUCCCAGACCCCCUCAGCCUUACCUUAACAGUCGUGGGUCUGUCAGAGGAUCUGCAAGAGGUGGAAGGUCACUGGCUAAUUCAUAUCGUUCCCCUGGUGGAUACAAAGGUUUUGAUGCUUACAGAGGGUCGGCCUCAAUAACUAAUGGCAGCUAUGGCCAGCUGCAGUUCCCUGGUAGAGAUUAUGCUGGAAUGCCAUAUUCUCAGAGGGAUGUUAAUUACCAGCAGUGCUAUAAAAGGGGAGGGAUAACUAGUGGUCCUCGAGCAAAUUCAAGAGCAGGGUGGAGUGAUUCCUCUCAGGUGAGCAGUCCAGAACGAGACAACGAAACCUUCAACAGUGGGGACUCUGGGCAGGGAGACUCCCGCAGCAUCACCCCUGUUGAUGUGCCAGUGACCAGCCAAGCUGCCACCAUACUACCAGUGCAUGUCUACCCGCUCCCACAGCAGAUGAGAGUUGCCUUCUCAGCUGCUAGAACAUCUAACUUGGCUCCUGGAACUCUAGACCAGCCAAUUGUGUUUGAUCUGUUGCUGAACAACCUUGGAGAAACUUUUGAUAUCCAGCUUGGUAGGUUCAACUGUCCAGUGAAUGGUACAUAUGUCUUCAUCUUCCACAUGCUGAAACUGGCUGUAAAUGUUCCCCUGUAUGUGAAUCUUAUGAAGAAUGAAGAGGUCCUAGUGUCAGCAUAUGCAAAUGAUGGGGCUCCUGAUCAUGAAACAGCUAGUAACCAUGCAGUCCUGCAGCUGUUCCAGGGAGAUCAGAUCUGGCUGCGUCUGCAUCGGGGUGCCAUCUAUGGAAGUAGCUGGAAAUACUCCACCUUUUCGGGAUACCUCCUUUAUCAGGACUAAAAUCCAGUGCGAUGUUUACAAAAGAGCUGCUCCAAACACUUUGGUGAAGGGGGGUGGGACUAGCUUUGCACUUACUACUGACUUUAUAGAAGAUAUGUGGUUCCAUUAUUGGGGAAAAUGAUGGUCCUGUUGUGCAAGGUGAAAUCAUGGAGUUGGGGUACUGAAUCAGCACUAAUUUGGCACUUUAUCAGUUGUGAUGUAGCCUUGCUAGUAAAGCUGUGAAUGUAUAUUGUUUGCACUUACCCUAAACUGUAUUAAUGUCCAGCUUACUACACUAUUGAUUGCCUCAAGUAUGGGCUAUUCACAAUGCCUUGUUGUGCCUCAAUAAAACAAGUUAAUAUGCAUUUUAG